CAGGUUUUUAAAUUAGUGUAUUUCAUCAAAUGGCGUGAUGCUGCCUUUUUUGCUUUAUAUUGGACAGAUUAUUUUGUCCAUGAUACUUAUAUUUUUUUUUAUUCAACAUUUGUAGAAAUAAAUAGUAAGAAUUGAAUAUAUAAAACCAGAGAUCUGUCUAUGCUCGCUGAAAUUAACAUAUACGCAGAAAAAAUAGUUAAGUAUAUAAGCGGGUGAGGUGAUCAAAAUUAUCUCAUCUAAAAUCAAUGCCGUUGCAAAGAAAAUAAACACGUGCACUAUACCUACCUAGCUAUCUCGCAAAGAAUUUUUAAAGCCACUGUUCCCGAAUACGAACAAUCCCGAUCAAAGCCUACUUCGACAAUUCGUUCGCUUUGUCAUAUUUCGACGUUCAAAGCUACGUGGGGUUAUUCAACUUUUUUAUGCAAAUAAGCUUGAGUAAAAUCUAUUCGGGGUUCUGGCUGAAUUGUGAAUUCUGUAGCUUUUUUUUUUUUUAGUUUACCCUUUGAGCAAUGUCAUAUCAUAACCGAUGAUUGGGAGUUGUCUAAAUGAAAGCCCACCUUGUGAGCCUCUUCCAGGGGAUUCCAGUGAUGCUUUAAAUAGUUUAAAUAUGAACAAAGGAAAUCUUCUUCAUAGGUUUUUAAUCAGUUACUUUUACAAAGCUUCUCUCUUACCGGAAUAAAAUGAAUGACAGACAAAAAUAGAAAAUGCCACAGAUGACAUAUAUCCGUUUUACGCGCCAAAAGUGAUCUUUUGGGCGGCCUUACGCGAACUGUCAUAUUAAUAUAACCUAAUGUUGGUACACUGUAUUGAUCAUACAAUUUUAUUAACAAAUACUGGAAAUGAUAUUAAGGCUACAUUGUCAAACCUGGAAUAAUACAGAAUGAAAUGAGUACAGAAAAUGUAAAUGCUAACAUAAGAGUGCGGGCAAAUUUUAGGUAUUAUUUUUAGAAGACUUAUGGGAGAUGAUUAUUUAAUUAUCUUUGGAUAAUGUUUAUUUAUUUAUUUAAUCUUUAUUGCAUAAAAGAAAAACAAUCUUAUACUUAGUACAAAAGGCGGACUUAAUGCCACGAGGCAUUCUAACAAGGUAAAUGUUGUAACAAGUUGCAUUAUUUAGUGUAUCGAAUAUACUUAUUCGUGUGAAUCUGUGGUAAAAUAUACGUACCCUUACUAGAUCUACCUACUAUUUCCAAAUUAUACCUAAACCUACUCAUGCAAUUCCGUAGUAGUUUUUUUGUCCAAUCGUAAUUUAUUGACCAUUAAGUAUAUUGCAGUUAAAAAUCGUCCUUAUCUACAACUAACAAAACAGUUAUUUUUGCCUGAAACCGUCUCUUAUAGAUUUACUAUCUAAGUUAAAUGAACGUAAUCUAAUCGUAAGCAUAUCGCCGUACAAUACGAGAAUAAACGCUUAGAUAUGAUUUGCCGUCGGCUCUCCGCAUAUGAAAACUUUUCAGCCAAUCACGUUCGUCAAGCUACUUGGGAAGUUGGGAGACUCGUGAAACUCGUCAGCUCGUCAUUCGUCCGUCAGUACCCGAUAGACUCGCGAGGGAGGCGCACGUUCGCUACACAGAAGUUUUCCCGCCGAAAUGUUCGCGCGAGUGUUAUUGGUGCUAGUAUUUGUGUUUGUUAGCUGCGUUCAGAGUUUUGAUUCGAGAAAUGUGGUGUUCAUCAUUAUAAGCCAAAAGGAGCCUUACCUGGCGAGCGUAGCCUUUCGCUUGAAGCAGGAGAUAGAGGGUCAAGUCUUUCGAAUCGAAAGGCGGAACCCCAUAGUCCACCUAACCCACGAGGAUUUCCCCGUCCCCGGAGCCUGGAGCAUCAUCCCUCUGCUCAAGCCCUUGGUCACCAAGUACCGAGGAGGUGAUGUGAGAUGGGUCAUGUUUCUAGAGGAGCAUACCGCCGUGCGAUGUGAGAAACUUUUAGAAGCUUUGGCGGCUGCUGAUAGACAGAAGGACACUAAGUGGAUCGGCUAUCCUCUCAGUGACGAUGAGCCUACCAUUAUCCACCACUUCGCCAUGUACGAGGAGUUGGAAGAGGAGGGGGGUUUCGUGUAUCCAAACUUCGCGAGUGGGUUCGCUAUGAGAAUGGAAUUGAUUGAGACUCUCCUAAACCAAAUAGAAAGCGGUCAGCACAAGCUAGAAGCCGACUUUUCCAUCGACCCUGGCUUCGAGCUAGCCCAACUAGUGUACGGCGACAGACACACUCCUGGGCCCUUAUUGACCGCCGACCUCAGCUUCUGCAUAGUGUCUGGAGACAACUGCGCUACUUAUCCGAGGCAGUUUGAGACGUGUGGCAGCCCCAUACCCGAGGAAUCGAUCUUCUUCGCAGUCAAGACCUGGAGCGGCUUUCACUCGUCACGAGCGAAGGUCGUCAAGCGGACCUGGGGGAGGCACGUCACCAAUCUGAUGUUCUUCAGUGACCAAGCUGACCCAUCACUGCCAGCAGUGGACACAGGCGUUCCAAACACGAAAACGGGUCACUGCGCAAAAACGGUCGCUAUUUUGAAAGAAGCAGUUAGCCGCGUGCGCAAUAUGCCGCACGUCAAAUGGAUAUUCCUGGCUGACGAUGACACUAUUUUGGGUGUGCAGAGACUGUGUGAGAUAUUGAGCUGUUAUCGGGGCGGUACAGAUAUCACAGUCAUAGGUGAGCGGUACGGUUACGGCUAUGUCAACAAGGAAACUGCUGCCAAAGGCUACGACUACAUAACCGGCGGCGGCGGUACGGCGUUCAGCAUCGCAGCCGCUUCGCUCCUCUCUCGCUGUGUGUGUACAGCAUUAACGUCACCCGAUGACAUGACGCUCGGUGCCUGUGCGAAGGAGCGCGCCGUCCCGCUCACUCACUAUCCGCUGUUUCAUCAGGCACGCCCACAAGACUACCCCCGCGAAGUGUUAAGCCGAGAUCGCCCAUUGUCCUUUCACCGACACUCCUCGCCAGAACCCUACAAGGUGUACGCGACCUGGUUCCAGCACGACGAUCUAGCCCUGAAGCAUCGGUACUCCAAAGAUGAGCUAUAAGGUGAACUCUUAAAAGGAAUUCCUAGUUGCGAUUUUUCCAUACAAACGCUCUCGACUGUUUCCUCCCUGUAGUACAGUCAUUAUAUCCAAACAACGGACCCUACCCGUGAAUAAUCAGUUCUUGGAUUUUUUUUCGUAGGUCCCUCGGGGGGGUCCCUGGGAGUGUAAAUUCAAAAAGUAGACCGAAUCAGGCUCCUGUGUAUAUUCGAAUAACGGUUUUUCUUGAAUAACUCGGCCAUUUUUGAUUUUACAGUAAAACCGUGAGGACAAAAAUUUUAGGAAAUUUGAUUCUCUACAAGUUUGGUCUUCACAAUUUUUCUUCUAGGAUCGAUAUUUUGGGAAUUAAACCUGAAAAACGCGACAAUUUAAUAAUAUUUUGAACUUGUCGCGUUUUUCAGGUUUAAUUUCCAAAAUAUAAAUUUUGGGGGAAAAAAGGUGGGAACCAAAAUUGUUCAGAAUUUGAUUCUCUACAACUUUGUUUCUAUUCGUUCAUGCCGUAAAACGUGGAACAUAGGAGAUAAUGCUGAUAUUUUGAAUUUGUCGCGUUUUUCAGGUUUAAUUUCCAACAUAUCGAUCCUAGAAGAAAAAUUGUGUGACCAAACUUGUAGAGAAUCAAAUUUGUUACAAUUUUUGUCCUCACGGUUUUACUGUAAAAUCAAAAAUGGCCGAGUUAUUCAAGAAAAACCGUUUUUUGAAUAUACACAGGAGCCUGAUUCAGUCUACUUUUUGAAUUUACACUCCCAGUGACCCCCCCCCCC